GAUUCAUCAACAAAAAUGGCUGACACAGGUGAUGGAGAUCAAAGAAUAUCAAGUGAAAUAGACGAACAAAAACCAGAAAGUAGCCAAGAGGUAGAGAGUGAAGAGGGUGACAAUCUUAAUUUUGAAGAUGCAAGGGAAGGAGGAAAUGAUGAAAGCUUUGGUGACAGUGAUGAGGUUGAGGAUGAACAGCUCAUGGUGAUAGAGACUCCAGAAGGAUUGACCCUUGUAGAACCAACAGAUAAUUCAUCUUUUUAUAUUGUUCAGGAACACGAAGGACAUGAAACCCCUCUAGGAAUGCCUCCUGAGCCUGAAAUCCCCCAGGAUGUUAGUAUAUCUGAAGAACUCCUAAUGAACAUCCAAAGGUUGAGAAGAAGCUCAAGCCCAGAGCUCCCUGAUACAGUAACCAAGCUUGAAACUCCUGAGGGCUGCAAAGUUUAUCUUGUUGGAACUGCUCACUUUAGUAAGGAAAGCCAAGAUGAUGUGGCAAAGACUAUUCAAGCUGUCCAGCCUGAUAUAGUGUUAGUUGAACUUUGCAAAAGUCGAGUCGACAUUCUUAAAUAUGAUGAAGAAUUUCUACUCAGGGAAGCAAAGAAUAUUGACUUGCAAAAGCUGAGACUUGCUAUUAAACAUAGUGGGGUAAUAGCUGGUGUGAUGCAAGUUCUCUUACUUAGUGUGUCAGCACACAUAACCAAGCAGCUUGGAAUGGCCCCAGGUGGAGAGUUUAGAGAAGCUUACAGAGAGGCUAGGAAGAUACCAGAAUGUCAAAUUCAUUUAGGAGAUCGUCCCAUUCAGGUGACACUUUCUAGGGCAAUGGCUGCAUUGAGUAUAUGGCAAAAAAUGAAAUUAGCCUGGCAUCUUAUGAUGACUAAAGAUCCCAUUAGCGCAGAGGAUGUAGAGAGAUGUAAACAAAAGGACCUUCUAGCUGAAAUGUUGGCUGAGAUGACUGGAGAUUUUCCCACGUUGUAUAAAGUUUUUGUUUCUGAAAGAGAUCAAUACCUGGCGAGAUCACUAAGAUUAUCCGCCAUGCCCAUUGAAAUCCACAAUGCCGAUGGAGAGCCUCAAGGAGUCGUCCCCAGUGUUGUGGUGGGUGUGGUCGGAAUAGGACACGUGGAUGGAAUUACUGAUAAUUGGGAAAAGGACAUUGACGUGAAAGAACUAUUAAGAAUUCCAGAAGCAAGCAGAGCAAGUAGGCUUAUACGCCUUUCAUUGAAAGCCUUUGUAGGGAUUUUCCUCGCUUGGGGAGUUUACAAACUUGGAAAGUACACACGAAUAGGCUCGUAUAUUCCAUUCUUAAACUGAAUAAUAAUCACGGACUUGUCAAAUUGGUUUUGGUAAUAUGAGCGAAUAUGGCCUCGAAAUUAGUGAAUAUUUAAAUGUAUUUAUUCCUUCCCAAGAUAGGAAAGGGGAUUGUAAAGUGAAGGACUGAAACUGUGUUAAUCUUGAAAGGGUGAAUUUUCACAUUUCCUCGCAAGAAUACAGCCAGUAUUUGAACAAAAUCUAAAAUCUGAUGAGCAUUGUCCUCACCACCUGAACGAGAAGGAAUUGAAUGCUUUGAAUCGAUAAGAAGUAUGUUACAUCAAGGCUUUUGGAGGAAAUUUAGAGUAGAACUUUUACAAGUAAAUUUUAACAUAUCUCACUUUUAUCGUCAUUGAUUACAGAAAUUAAGAGAUAGAUUAAGUUGUGCUGCUAUUAAAUUAUUUUACUGUGACAUACAUUGGUUUUUAAAGAACAUUAUAGCACCCUUUAAAAAGAUUUUGAUUUAUUAAUAUUGUCGAGUAUUUGUUUGUGACCAGUACACGUGUCCAAUGACAUAUCAUACGAUUGCAUGGAUUGCGUGCUCGAGUACACAGUGUUAUUAUUCUGCACUGUAUAUCACGUGAUGACUUUUAGACAGGCACUCACGUGAUGUCUUUUAGACAGGCGCAGCUAUUUAAGCCUAGUAGUGAGAAUGAAGCUCCCUCCACCCUGAGUCAGAUGAAUUUGAAAUGCAACUUAACUUGUCUACUCUGGAAAACGAACAAAUUAUUUCCCGUCCACACUACAAGGAUCACAAGUUACAGAAACAUUUAAAUGCACCUUUGAGCAUGCUAGCAGUCAGGCUUGAUGAUCAACGGCGGGCUGGUAAGUAUGCUCACCUUCCUCCGAUCGAAGAGCAGACGCGAGAAACAGCAAAAACAUCUAGCCUAGCGUUUAAAGAAGACCCAAUUAGUUCGCCAUAGAAUUUAAGAAGCUUUGACGUUUAGUUUUACGUAAAGAUCUUUUUUUUUCGGCCGUCCAGUCUGAAACGUCAGGGUGGCGUUUUCAAAUUUAUCCUCAUGGGAAGCGUUUUUGAAAAGCUCUGUUUUCAGUGAGCGCGUUGACCGGGUGGUAAAAUACUAGAAGCUGAUGCUUUUGUUGCGCAAAUUCACCUUCAUAUAAUUUUUUUGUAAUUUGGUGAUAAGGAACACGCGGACUUUGUUGGCACAUAUGGCUAAAUCUGGUACUAGAGACAAUCAAAUGAAAGAAAAUUGAAGCACAUUUCCUGGUUUGCAUUCUAACGGGUCAGUUGAAAAGAAAUAUUUCGCAGCGCACAAAACAAGAACAAGAAUCGCGCAGACUAUCAUUGAACUUGCACGUGGUCAGCACGCGACCUAAUCCCGUUGACCAAUCAGGGUCGUUUAGUACUGUUUUCAUAGUUGUCAGGGCGUGUUCUGCGCGCGCUUGACGUCACAGUGUCCUCAGUUUAUGAAACCGGCGCGCGGAAUGUGGAUGCGUCAUUUCUCUGUUGCAAUUGCCUGCGAAAGUUUGCCAAAAAUUUCCGUGAAAUGUGAAAUUGAAUAAGAAUGGGAUGUGCUUUGAGCAUCUAGAAGAAGACAAAUAUCAUACUCCAAGUGGAUCAAUGCUUUGAACAAAAUUCGUCAAAAAAAAGCGCGCUUUUGCGUCACGACUUGUUCAACAAAGCGACAACCAAGGUUUUUUUCCGACAAUGUGUUAGUAGCCUUUAUAACGUUAAACACGUGCAGCACAUGCAUCAAAAUUUUGAGUCAAUUGAGUCAGCUGAUGUAAGAAGGCGAGUGAAGAGCUGAGACCGGUUUACCUUUAUGAUAAAAAUUUAUGGAGUGAGGCUAGUGCGAUCACCUUUUUUUCAAUACUUCUUAUCCAUAAGUUAAGUCAUAGCUAUUCCUUCCCUUUAGAUAGCUCACAUCAGAACAAAUCGCAUAAUUCCGUAUGUCGGUUAAUAUUGAUCAGUCUUGCCGAUUUUACAUGGACGAUCAGGCGAUCUUUUGAGGGAGUUAAAACCUUAAACAGUAACAAAUUUGCUCUACUCUGUGUUACAGCGGAGUAUUGAAAAUGAUGAAAAAAGUGAGAAGAUUCUGAUACAGGUACUUAACAAGACAUUUUUAUUUUAAGGAAUUGUAGAGAUGUAAAGACAGUAUCUUCCAAUUUGUUUUCCGUUUGAGGCAUUUCGGUGCAACAGGCACUCCUUCAAGUUGUCGUCCAAUGUCACUACAUUUUAUUUUUUGUUUGAUAAGAACGUGUACUUUUGGGGCUGAGGCUGAACUUUCUUAUUUUAUUUACUUAUCUUUUCUUUUUUCUUUUGCUAUUUGCACCUAAAAACGUUCUUAAUAAGCUUCUAAAGUGGUGCGGUAUAGUAUUACAUUAGAUUAAACUUCGACUAGAAACUGAGUUGGUCUUCAGUACAUCGUGCGAUAACGGAAACUGCAUUGUUAACUGUAGAAAAUGUCCCUAAGAAUUUAAGUUUAAACUAUUAGACAACAGUUUAACAU